CGGUCCGGGCUCGGCGGCGGCGCGGGCUCCCUUUCGGCGGGGUGGAUGUCAAAGGCUGGCCGCGGCUCCCUUCGCCACAUUCGAGCGCGCGAGCCGGGCGGGGGGGAGCGGAGCGGAGCGGAGCCAGCCAUGGCCACGGCCGCCUCCAACCCCUACGGCCUGCUGGGCUCGGGCGCCCUGGUGCACGGCGGCGGCGGCGGCGGCGGCGAUGGGGGGGCGGGCGGCCUGGGGGCGCAGGGGGGCCCCUUCCGCGGCGCGCCCAAACUUCUGCAAAGUGACUACCUGCCCGGCAACGGGCACCCGGCGCUGGGCCACCACUGGGUGACCAGCCUGAGCGACGCGGGGCCCUGGGCCGCCUCGCUGGGCGCCGAGCAGCCCGACGUGAAGCCCGGCCGCGAGGACCUGCAGCUGGGCGCCCUCCUGCACCACCGCGCGCCCCACGGCGGCGGCCACCCGUCGCCCCACCAGCCCAACGCCUGGGGCGCCAGCCCGGCGCACCCCAACGGCCAGCCGACGGCCCUGAGCGUCUACUCGCAGGGCGGCUUCCCCGUGGGGGGCCUGCUGGACCACGGCGGCCUGAGCCCCCCGCCGCCGCCGCCGCCGCCCGCCUCGGUGCCCCCGCAGGGGCUGCACGCCGUGCUGCUGCGCGGAGAGGCGGCCCCGGACCCCGGCGAGCUGGACGGGCCGGCGUGCGGCGGCGGCGGCGGCGGCGGCGAGCACUCGGACGAGGAGACGCCCACGUCGGACGAGCUGGAGCAGUUCGCCAAGCAGUUCAAGCAGCGGCGCAUCAAGCUGGGCUUCACGCAGGCCGACGUGGGCCUGGCGCUGGGCACCCUGUACGGCAACGUCUUCUCGCAGACCACCAUCUGCCGCUUCGAGGCCCUGCAGCUGAGCUUCAAGAACAUGUGCAAGCUGAAGCCGCUGCUGAACAAGUGGCUGGAGGAGGCCGACUCCUCCACCGGCAGCCCCACCAGCCUGGACAAGAUCGCCGCGCAGGGCCGCAAGCGCAAGAAGCGCACCUCCAUCGAGGUCAGCGUCAAGGGCGUGCUGGAGACGCACUUUCUCAAAUGCCCCAAGCCCGCCGCCCAGGAGAUCUUGUCGCUGGCCGACAGCCUGCAGCUCGAGAAGGAGGUCGUGCGCGUCUGGUUCUGCAACCGGCGCCAGAAGGAGAAGCGCAUGACGCCCCCCGGGGAGCCCCCCCAGCCCCACGAGCUCUACGCGCACCCGGGCAAAACGGACGCCUCCUGCCACGACCUUUGACUAGGGACCCAGCCCCGCGCGCACCUCUGGCCCUGACCCUUCCCUUUCCCACCCACCCCCUUUUAAUUAUUAUUAUUGUUAUUAUUAUAUUAUUAUAUUAUUAUUAUUAUUAUAUUUUAUUAUUAUUAUUUUCGCCUGGAUUUACUCCCUUCUGUUUUCGUGGAUCCUGCAGGAGCAAACAAAACCAGCCAAAAAAACAGCCCCUCCGCCGAGAGACCCCGGCGGAGCCGUUCGAUCUCCUCGCCAGGGGCCUCGAACCCCUGGCCCUGUCUCCCCUACCGCUGAUCCCCAGACCAGGGUGGUCCUUUGUUCCCUUCCCAUCUCAAGGCUUCUUCUCUCCCCCCCCGGCCCCCAACCCGAAUCUCUGGUAGGAAGAGAAGGAAAAGGGGGGAGAAAUAUCUGGCUCCAGGUACAAUUUUUCAGUUUUUUUUUUUUUUGCUUUAAAGACAAGACGUGCCUAUUGCUUCCACCUUCCAGCGCCUUGGUCGGAUGUGGAAUGGCUCAGUGGACCGGCGGCGUCUCGUCGGCCUCGGCUGGCCGGAGGACUUCGGGUCUGGCCUUUCGGGAGGUCCGGAGGGGGGUUUUUUGGGGGGGGGGGUGUUUCAUUCCAGCCAGGGAUUAUUUUUUUCCCCGUCUCAAACCGGGACCCAGUCGGUGGUGGCAGCCCCUUUACUCCCUUUUGCCUGGAACAGGUCCUUUUGGGGUGUCGAAUUCGGAGGCGAGGGGGAUUUCGGAGGAUGGACGUCCCCCGGAGGGCCGGCAGAUCCUUGCCCGCGUUCGUCGGCUUUGUUGGCGACCCCUGUCCGGCAAGACCCUCGAAAGACCGAGAUCCAUCCCGCCCGCGCUGAAACUCGCCGAUCCCCCCAGCUGAAUGCGGCCUUCUGCCAGCCGCAGGAUGCCAGGAUCCCGGGGAAGGGCGCCGGCAGCGACGUCCGACUCUUUCCCCUUUCCCGGGUUGGCGCUUUCCGACGCUCGGCCACGUCCGCGGAGCUCUGCCGGGCGCCUGAAACCGCUUGAGCUUCCCUGUGGCCAGAGUCCGGCCGAGCUGCGGGCAGGUGAGAUUCUCUGGUGUUGCGCUGACCGAGCAAGGCCGGGGGAGAUUCUCUGGUGUUGCAUUAGCCCAGGAGGGAACACUCCAAAUGGCAUUUACUUUCAGAUCCCUCCCCACCCCCCCACCCCCACCCCCACCCCCAAUCUGGCCUUGCUGCAUUUGGGCUUGUGUGAAUUUACAAAGGCGCACGCCGUGUGUGUGUAUGUACACACACUCGCUGCACAAACAGCCGUCUGGUGCAGUGACCGUCCAUAGAGGCCCGUCUGCUUGGAGGCUCUCUGUGGAGACCCGCAGCAUACGCAUUUACGCGGAUCCGUAUUAGACCCAGCUGCACGCAAAUACAACCACCACAAGGUCGGUCUUUUUAAGGAACCAUCAAGGCAUAGAAACCAGCCAAUUCUGCCCACCUCUAGAUGUUCCUCGCCAUUUUCAGUUCUGGAAAGUAGAAUAUGUUGCCGGCUUAAUCGCCGAAGAAAGAGACACCCCCCCCCACCCCCGUUUCGCUCCCUUUUUGACACCCCCGACCCCACUUUUCCAUCAUCACAAUUUGCUAUCUUGACAGGUAUUUCCCUCCCCCCCCCCAAAAAAAAAAACCUUGAACGCGCGCGAAUUUAUCCCCUCACUGGAAACCCCGUUUUUUCUCUGCCAACUUUAUAUUAAAAACAAAAAAAACAAAACAGAAGAAAAAAAAAACCUUGUACAGUUUUGUAUAUUCUAAACGUUUUUUGGGAAGUUAUUAAUUUAAAAGAAAAAAAGAUCAUUUAGAUUAUUCAUUUAGUAACUGAUGUAUAAUAAACGCUAUUUUCAUUAAAGGUUGCUUUUUUCAACUAUUUUAUUCCAAAUUUGCCUAUCGCAGUUGCCGACAAUUAUUUAUUUUCAAUAAAUUCUGCAUUAUGUUUUACAAAAGCAAAAA